AUGCGUGAGCUUCGAAAGAAUCAGCGUGGGAUCAUUUGCAAGCGCAACAGUCGCAUUGACUGCAUCUUCGUCGUCAGCGGAGUCACAUUUGUAGUAAUUGACAUAGACAGUGAUAGGUUCUGUAGGAACCACGGUAGGGUCAUCAGAGACAGCGGAAACAGCGGCCAAAAGCGUUUCAAUGCCGGCAGGCUACGUUCCGAUGGUGAUAUUAUCUGUAACAUCGCCGAAGUUAAACACUGCGGGCAAGUUCCAAGUCAUGAUAGCGAGUUCAAGCGGUUAAUGGCCACUGUCAUUGCCGCCAACAAGCUCUAUUCCAAGGACUCAACUAAAAUGGGUGUGAAAGCGAAAAUAGAAGCGAUCUACAACGAACCUCGCAGGUUACUUUCGGUAUAUGUCACUUGCAAUCACCCUUUCAAAGACCAUCCUGAUGGUAUCGUGCUGAUCGUUGAGAAAUCGGUCUUGGGUUUGACUACCGACUGUGCAGACCUGAACAUCCUCGCAAAGAUUUACGAAGCUUGA